UGAUAAGUUUGCUUUUUUGGGUUUGUUUUGGUUUCCCUUUAAAUUAACGUUGCCAUUAAGAUAAAAACUAAUCUGUCUGUUACAUGAUCUUAUUGAUAUAGAAAUCCCCGAAGCAUGUCAUCACCUCAUUACAAUUGUUGUGACCAUUUUUUAUUUAUUUUUUUAAUACCAGGAGUGAACAUAUAAGUAGCCAAGCACAGAUCAGGCUUUUAUGCACUGCUCUGGUGCAUUUGGGGUUAAAGCACUGAACGAUCAUCUAACAUUGUGUUUUUUUCAAGUCUCCUUUUAUUCAAGGAUGGUUGAAGACAAAGGAACCAGAGUCAUUAUGAACAUCACAUUUGUUCGCCCUGAAAAAUUCUACAUAAGUGGGUUUAACAACAUUCCUUACACUCAGUAUUUUUAUGUCUUCUUGUGUUUUGUCUAUGUAAUGACUGUUAUUGGAAAUGUGUUUCUCCUCUCAGUUAUCUGCUUGGUGAGGACUCUUCAUUCUCCCAAAUACAUGAUUGUGUUCAACUUAGCUUUGACAGAUCUGUGUGGAAGCACAGCUCUUAUCCCAAAAGUCUUGGACACAUUUUUGUUUGAUCGAAGAUAUAUUUUAUAUGAGGCCUGUUUGGGCAACAUGUUUUUUGUUUCGUUCUUUGCAGGUUUACAGUCAUGGACUCUGGCCUGUAUGGCCUAUGAUAGAUUUGUAGCAAUCUGCUUCCCAUUGAGGUACCACAGCAUUGUUUCUAAGAGAUCUGUUGCUGUGAUUCUGCUGGUUAUAUGGUUGAUAAUUUUGUUUUUGAGUGCCCUUACAGUGGGGAACAUUAAUCGUCUGUCUUUCUGUGGUUCAUUAGAGGUGCAAAGCUUAUACUGUGACCAUGGGCCGUUGAAUCGCCUUGCUUGCAAUGAUAGAUCUUUAAAUAACAUUAUGGCAUAUGUUGUUUUAAUUCUAGUCAUCUGUAUUCCUCUUAUACUGAUAGUAAUAACUUAUGUUUUCAUUUCUAUUGCACUAAGUAGGAUUGCAUCAAAAGUGGAACGGCUAAGAGCACUAAAAACUUGUUCCUCUCACAUAAUUCUUGUGGUAACUUUUUUUUUACCUAUUGUUACCACUAACAUAGCUGCUGUGGUCACCUACCUUGAUCCUAACAUUAGAAUAAUAAAUACCUGUUUUACACACACUAUCCCUUCUUUGCUUAAUCCUAUUAUUUACUCUUUGAAGACAGAAGAAGUGUUGAAUGCUAUAAAGAAAAUGUUUCAAAGAAACAGACUCAAAAUAAUUGCAAAUUAACAUAACCUUCAGCUUAUCCUAUAUUUGCGGAUAUUUAAAAUACUUUUAAGAUUUUCAUUUUAUAAUCUGUUUUUGUCUGUGAACCAGCACAGUGAUUUUUUUUUUUUGUAAUAUAAUGAUUGUUUUCUACAUGAAAACUGUGCAACAAAGAAAGAUUCCUGAUUUAUUAAGUAUUUGGUCUGUUGUUAUUAUUUAACAGAGUUUGCAUGGUUAGGUGAUUUUAAAUUAUAUGUUGAUUAUCAAAUAUUACAUUUGCACUCUAAAAGAUUGGAGGGGGUGUUAUUAGGUUUUAAUAUUUUGGAAAAUGGCCCUGCGACAGACUGGCGACCUGUCCAGGGUGUACCCCGCCUUCGCCCAUCAUCAGUAGCCGGGAUAGGCUCCGGCAACCCCGCAACCCCGUAAGGGAAGCAGCGGACAGGAAGAUGAAUGAAUGAAUGAAUGAAUUUUGGAAAAUAUAACAGUUUAUGCAAACAGUCAUUUUUAGUUUCUCAACUGCAUUUUAUUUUUUUCUGUGAAACAAAUGCAACACAACAACCCUUUGAGCAUGAAUUCUUCUGAUGAACACGAAGCUUGGUUGAGGUUCUGUUUUCUACUUAACAUAAACUCUUAGCCUUAGGUAAGUUAACACUAAACGGUGCAAAAAAUGUAUUGCAUUGCACUGUAGCUGACAUCUGAGACGUUGAUUUAGAUAUAAUGAUAAUGAUGUUUACACACACACACACACACUUUGUACUGCAGCCAUCAGAGAGCUGAAGGAAUGAAUUUUUCAGCAAUAAAAGACAAAUUUAACAAAGGUUCACUUUACAAUUACUGCAAAAAAAUAGUUUGAUUGGAGUCAUCUGGACCCAAAAAGAUAGCACAAGUUAAGUAAUAAUUUCAUAAAAAGGCUAGGAAAAAAAGCCAGGCAAAUCUUGCUAUGAGCAUCUAGCUACAAACUGCACACCAGCUAACCCACUGCAGAUAGCUGAAAGUUUGUGAUUUUUAAUGAUUUUAUAAUGGCAAAUGAAAGCACAAACAGUAGAAAUCAAAAUAAGAUACAAAGGGAUGCAGAAAAAAAUAAAAAUAAGCCAAUUGAUUUUCAAGCAUAUUCGUACAACUUUAAAGUAGACUGGGCUGGGGAUUUUUGCAUGCAGAGUGUUGCAGAAAGGAGAGAAUAAAGAAGAGAGUUGAUCAGUUGAAGAUCAGACAUUUAUAAGGAGGGAUGGCCAGUGGAGAAGGAUGAGCUUCUGGACAAAGAUUAUUGACAACCUGAAAAUUAAAAGAGUUAUGAUUUGAAACGGCUUAAUUCAAGCAAUCAAGUCAAGAAUAAUUUAUGUGAAAAACAAUCAACAGAAGUUUACAACCAUACAAAAAUAUGUCAGACAUGGGAUUAUUAUCCAUCAAAUUAAAGAUUGCUUAAAAGAUAGUGGGAGAAAGCAAAUUAUAUAAGCCUACCACUGCUCUGCCUUACCAUUUUCUUUGUUUGAAUUAUUAUUAUCCAGUCAUAAGGAAUCCUUAAGUAAAAACACAUUAGACUAUGUAAGUGAACAUCAUACUAUUUCAGACUUUACAACUGCAUCUGCAGAUCAAUAAUCAAAGUAAAAAAAAACUAGUAUAUAUCCUUAAAAAAAUACAUAUAUAAAUGUAUAUAUAAAAUAGUUGAAUCACGAGUCUCUCUCGUAAAAUGUCUUUCAAGGGUUCUAUUUUACUUGAAGUAGUACAAAUCAAAUUAACCAAUUAUUUGUAUAUAUAUAUGUAUGUAUUUUUCUCUACGUGUAUAUAUAUAUAUAUUAGGGCCAGGAAUCGAUUACAUUAUUAUUAUUACUAUUUUUUGUUACAAUAUUUGCC